AGCUCUUAUCUACAUAUGCAAUUAUCAUAUACCGAAUUCUACGUAUUACGCAAGAUAAAAAGCAGGGUCAGUGAGUCUUUACUGCUAGAUUUGAAAUCCAUAUUAAGCUGGGUCACUGAUCAGCUGUGUUGCUACCCUGACCGGUGGGAAGGAUACGAGAGAGGGUCAGUGACGGUAUUUGCUGUUCAAGGACCCUACACUGUUAGUUAUGAAUACCAGUUGAAGAUUGACCAUGUUCGUCAUAUGAUGGUGGCUGAGGGCACAAAUACAAUGAACGGGAGAAAGGAUAGAAUCAGGCACAUCAGAGACUACCAAAGCAACGUAUCAUACACACUCCAUUUAGACAGUGGUAUUUGUGACAGGGCUCCACUGAAAUCAUCGGAACAAACCUGUCUAGGGCGAAGUGAUGGGGCUGUUAAGUCGUCUGAUACGUAUUUCGGAGUCACUGGGAUAGAAACUGUGAACAUCACCUUGUACAGAACCACAGACAAUGGAUACAAUACGACGAUAGCUGUCAACGAGAACUGUAUCCCCGUGAGGGAAACCUACCACGGGAAAAACACGGAUGGAGAGUUGUUGAUGGGGGAAUGGAUGUUCUACAACAUACGAACGACGCAGAUUGACUUCACUAGCCUGAGUUUUCCUAUAGAGUGUUUGACAGGUGGCAUAGGAACGAGCUCUGCAUCCAUCGUUGGAAAACGCAGCCUUGUGUACUAAUCAUAUCCGUGUGACAUGUGCUGAUAUCAGAGUAUUGUAAUUAUCACAAUGUGAUUAUAGACCUGAGUACUAAUGAUAUCAGCAUGGUUUGUGCUGAUACCAGAGUCCAUGUUUGAGGAUUUAUUUCAUUUGAUAUCAAAGCCACUCUUUCUCCCAAGAAUCACUAAUCUUUACGUCAUCACACAUUAUAUAAUAUUCUUACCCUAAUAUAUCCUACAUAUAUUUAAAGAUCUUUUGAACAUUGUUUAAAUAACAAUCGAAUGAGCAAUACUUCUGUUGUUUGAUUUUGCAAAGUUCGUCCUUCACAAUUACGAGUUAUCUUUCUUCUCUCAAAAUUUUUCAGCAAAAUAAAUACGAACCUCAACUCAAUAUAUCUUCGAAAUUCCAAAUCAAUUUGGCCUUGAAAAGUAUGAGACCAGGCCUGAAGGUUAUAAAACUUUUUUGAGCACGUUUCAAUACUCAAACUCCGUGCUCUAAAUCGUAUUCAUACUAAAACAUGAAGGUUAUAAAACUUUUAUGAAAUUAUUCUCAUACUUAAACAGAGUACAUGCUCAAGAGUUUUCCAAUAUGCUUGGAAGCUGAGUGGCUGGGAUGUGUGCUUUGUGACUGGAUACCUUGUGUUAACAUUAAGAUAAAUGAUGAAAUGUU